AUCAGUCAGCACGCGUAUAUAUUACUCUGCAAUCUGCCCAACACUUUUCCCUUACACCAUAAUUUGUGCAAAACGAUGGAUUUCAAUCGCACAGGCUUUCUCUUCAUCCCGUCGCUAUUAGCAAUCACCUUGCACGAACUGAUCCUCAGGCGUGUAGAGGUGGACCACCUGACUUUACCCGGGGUUCUAUUAUCCGGAGUCCUCUUCUCAGUGCUGACUCUCACCUUCGGUAUAUCUAUUACUGUUCAGCUUUACGUUUCAUUCUGGGGUACUCUGUCAAUAUGGAUCCUCUUGUACCGGGCAAUCUGGCAUCCCCUCAGGCACUACCCAGGACCUUUCGGAGCAAAACUGUCGAAAUUGUGGUCGGUGAAGCAAGUCUGGACUUCAAAGUGGCACUACCAUAUCGUGCAACAGAGGCUGCACCAUGAAUAUGGUGAUUACGUUAGAACAGGACCACGUGAACUCACAAUCUUUGAUCCAACCGCUAUCCAAGCAAUUUUGGGCUAUUCUUCAGUCACCAGCAAAGGUCCAUUCUACGAUAACAUGGAAACGUCCCUCCACGUGACCCGUGAUAAAACCUUCCAUCGCCAGCGGCGUCGGAUUUGGGACAAUGGAAUGAAGAAUUCGCUCUCUACUUUCGCACCUAGGGUCGAAGAAUUCACAGACCAGCUACUCGCUCUGCUACGAAGUGAUAAUGGGAAGCCAGUUCCACUAUUACUCUACUGUAUUUACUACAGCUAUGAUGUGAUGGCAAAGCUGGCUUUUGAUCGGCCGAUGGGGUUUAUGAAGGGCGAACAAACUGAGGUAGCGAGUAGCAUAUUGUCCACAUUCACCAAUAGCUUGGACAUUAUGGGGCUCUUCUAUCACAUUCCUUGGUUUUUGAAAGCAACCGGUACGCUUUCCUCUUUUGCCGGACCGAUGAAGGAGUGGAGAGAUUGGAGUGUCCUACAGAUGAAAGACCGUAUGUCUCGUGGAAAUAAAUCCGACUUCGUCGCACACCUUAUCGAUAACACCCCGACGGACGCUGCUGGAAUGGAACUAUUGUUUGGCGAAUCGCGCCUAAUAAUCAGUGCGGGCACCGAAACCACUUCCAGCGCUCUGACCUUCGCAAUGAUGCAACUAGCCACACAUCCGAAAUACAUGCUAGCCGUCCGGAAAGAAUACCGUGACAACAAGCAAAACUAUCACUGUCAACGCACAAUUCCAAUGGUGGAUGCAGUGAUACAUGAAUCAAUGCGCUUGUGGUCACCAGUCUUUCUUCCCGCGCAGCGUGUCACUCCUCCAUCAGGAAUCCACAUCAACGGUCACUUUAUUCCGGGAAACAUGAUUGUUCAAAUGCCACCUUUUCCUAGGUUCCGCGACCCGAGGAACUUUGUUCGACCGGAUGAAUUUCUGCCGGAGCGAUGGACAACGUCUCCAGAAUUGGUACUUGACAGGAACGCGGCCACGCCAUUCAGCACGGGGCCGUACAACUGCGUGGGACAGGGACUUGCUAUGAUGGAGCUUAGAAGCGUAAUCUCCAGAGUUGUGGAUGAAUUCGAUAUUGUACUUCCCGACGGGUUUGUGGCGAAAGACUACUGGAACGGUGUCAAGGACCACUUGACAGCCGGGCCACCUCCAGGUCAGCUCGUCAAGUUUGUUCCGGUGUAA